CUCCUGCUAGCUAUUAGCUAUAGUAGGCUUGCACGAGCCUGAGGUGGUCACAGUUGUGCUUGGCGCCAAAGUGGUGAUACUGAUGAGAGCCGCACAAGAAGACAAAGAAUAAACAAGAAAAAAGAGGAGGAACAGCGUUUUCUCCCAACGAGUUUCCUUUGUGAAGCUCCCCUUUCUGCUGGCGGCGCCCCUUGGCUCUCGAGGCUGUGGUAUGAGCCUAUGUGGCAGGAAGGCGCUGACGUUGCUGAGCAGCGCGUUCGCUGUUUGCGGCCUGGGCCUGUUGGGCAUUGCCGUGAGCACCGACUACUGGCUCUACCUGGAGGAGGGUGUCAUCCUUCCACUCAAUCAAAGCACCGAGAUACGCAUGUCCCUCCACUCUGGCCUCUGGAGGGUUUGUUUCUUAGCUGGGGAGGAGAAAGGUCGCUGUUUUACCAUUGAAUAUGUGAUGCCCACUAAAGUCCAAAUGACUUCUGAGUCCACUGUCAGUGUCCUGAAGAUGAUUCGCUCAGCCACACCUUUCCCACUGGUCAGCCUCUUCUUCAUGUUUAUUGGUUUUGUCCUCAGCAACAUUGGCCACAUUCGACCCCAUCGCACCAUCCUGGCUUUUGUUUCGGGAAUCUUCUUCAUCCUGUCAGGUCUCUCUCUGGUUGUUGGUCUUGUGUUGUACAUCUCCAACAUCAAUGAUGAAAUGUUAAAUAGGACCAAAAGCAAUGAAGCCUACUUCAGCUACAAGUACGGCUGGUCUUUCGCCUUCGCUGCCAUCUCCUUCCUCCUCACUGAGACAGCGGGUGUGAUGUCUGUGUACCUGUUCAUGAAGCGCUACACUGCAGAGGAAAUGUACCGACCACACCAGGGUUUCUACCGGCCUCGCCUUAGCAACUGCUCCGACUACUCCGGUCAGUUCCUCCACCCGGACGCCUGGGCCGGGCGCGGCCGCAGCCCCUCCUCCAUCUCUUCCGAGGCUUCCCUCCAGAUGAACUCCUCCAACUACCCUGCCCUUCUCAAGUGUCCAGAGUACGAACAGAUGUCAUCAUCGCCAUGCUGAAACACUGGAUGAAAGGUUAUUAUGGCGUGAACCUUUCAUUUUGAUACAACUUGUGUUACACAUUCACAAUCUAAUGCAAAAGUUGUAUCAAAGAUGUUGUCAGUCAUUAUACAUUUGCCAAGGUAGAACACGGACUAAAAAAGUCCCUCAGUACUUGAAAUAAAACGUAGUCAUUCAGAAGUGAUGUUCAGCUAACAGCAGAAAUAUUGACACCAUGUCCACUUUAACGUAUCUGGUUGGUCACCAAAUAUUUGGCUCAAUCUUCUGCAGUAACUUUUUCCUCCAUCACACGUUAAAAUCCAUUUAUGUUCUUUUUCAAUGCUUGUUUUCUUUAGUCUCUUCCAGAAACUCCUACUGAUGCCAAAUGAAGAACUUAAUCAUGCUCACCUCUUAAAGCUUAUUAACAGCUAUUGGAUGUGGGAGGGAGGGAGUGUGCGCACAUAAGCGCAAAACAUCAAUAAAUUCCCGUCAGUAAAAUGCCCAAAAUUACUACAUGUGAGGCAAAAACACAAUUAUAGCUGUACUGUAAUAUAUUUCAGUGAGAAGAGAAGGAGAAAAGUAGCGUGUUGUGGGCUCUAAUGGAAAGUAUUAUUUUGAUACAUGUGAUUGUAUGAUGUGUACUGUAGAAGGAAACACUGCUAAAUGAGAUUGUACAACAUAAUGAUGAUACACUCGAUUUGUAGAUAAGAUAUUUUUGUAAUUCAUGCCCUGAAGAAGAUUCCUGGUCAUGUGCCAAGAAAGACUAAUUAUAAACAUUUCAUGCAGCAUUAAGAGUGAGUAAACAUCCAUCCAUUUUCUAUGCCUAAUUGGGGUCACUGGAGCCUAUCCGAGGUGAUUUUGGCCGGGUACACCCUGUGUGCCCAGCCAGCAGGGCACAUAUAGACAAACAACCAUUCACACUCACAUUCUUACCUAUGGACAAUUUAGAGUCGCCAGUUAACCUAACAUGCAUGUUUUUGGAAUAUGGAGGAAACCGGAGUACCCGGAGAAAACCCACACACGCACGGGGAGAACAUGCAAACUCCACACACAGAUGCCCAAGCGGAGAUUCGAACCCACGUCUUCCCGAUUUCCAUACUAAACACUCAGCCACCGUGCGCCGUACACAGAAAUAUGUUGUCUUGUGCAAUCAUUUUUAUCUUAGUUGACUAGUUGAAUAUUGUUGAUAUUUAAUUGGAAUUUAGUUGCAUGAUGUGGACCCAUAGACACAUUAUUAAUGGUAGGCAACAUGUUGUUACUUUUCGGCAGAUCUGUAAACCUGUUUAUUUAGUAUUUGUCUAAAAACAUACAUUACUCUUGAACACUGUGUUUGUAUACAAACCAUUGCGAUGAUUUCAAACUUUGUAAAUAGGAACUCGUCAUGGGUGUAUAUACUAGUACUGUAUCAGCUUUGUAUAGAGGAGCAUAGAAGUAUACAUUUAUGUAUGUUCUGUUGUUGAAUAGAAUAUUGUGCAAAGUACUGCUUUACCUCCGCAUCACAUUGAGAAUGUGAGCUCUUGCAUUAUAUGAAAGUGUAAGCUACUCAGAUGCUUGUCACAAUCCAAAUGUACAUUUUAAAUAUUGUGUAUUUUUACAAUCCAGUUUCCUGGUGUUCAACGUGACUAUACUCAGUGGAAUAAAGUUCAGUACAUUUUUUUCUAAA